GCCCCCGCCCCGUCCUCAGCCCGCCCGCCCGCACCGCCCCCCGCAGCCGGCCGGCCGGGCCGGGAGCCAGGCCCAAGUCCUCGCCAUGCCGGCCCGGCUGCUGCUGGCGCUGCUGGCGCUGCUGCUGCCCGGCCCCGGGAUUUUUGGAAGUCCCAGCACAGUGACACUUCCUGAAACCUUGUUGUUUGUGUCAACUCUGGAUGGAAGUUUGCAUGCUGUCAGCAAGAGGACAGGCUCAAUCAAAUGGACUUUAAAAGAAGAUCCUGUUCUGCAGGUUCCAACACAUGUGGAAGAGCCUGCUUUCCUCCCGGAUCCCAACGAUGGCAGUCUGUAUACACUUGGGGGCAAGAAUAACGAAGGCCUGACAAAACUUCCUUUUACCAUCCCAGAAUUGGUACAGGCAUCCCCAUGCCGAAGUUCAGAUGGAAUUCUCUACAUGGGUAAAAAGCAGGACAUCUGGUAUGUUAUUGACCUUCUGACCGGGGAGAAGCAGCAGACUUUGUCAUCGGCCUUUGCAGACAGUCUCUGCCCAUCAACCUCUCUGCUGUAUCUUGGGCGAACAGAGUAUACCAUCACCAUGUACGACACCAAAACCCGGGAGCUCCGGUGGAAUGCCACCUACUUCGACUAUGCAGCCUCGCUGCCUGAGGACGACGGGGACUACAAGAUGUCCCACUUUGUGUCCAACGGUGAUGGGCUGGUGGUGACGGUGGACAGUGAAUCUGGUGAUGUCUUGUGGAUCCAAAACUAUGCUUCCCCUGUGGUGGCCUUCUAUGUCUGGCAGCGGGAGGGUCUGAAGAAGGUGAUGCACAUCAACGUCGCCGUGGAGACCCUGCGCUAUCUGACCUUCAUGUCUGGGGAGGUGGGCCGCAUCACCAAAUGGAAGUACCCAUUCCCCAAGGAGACGGAGGCCAAGAGCAAGCUGACGCCCACCCUGUAUGUUGGGAAAUACUCUACUAGCCUGUAUGCCUCCCCCUCCAUGGUUCACGAGGGGGUUGCCGUGGUGCCCCGAGGCAGCACUCUGCCUUUGCUGGAAGGCCCCCAGACCGACGGGGUCACCAUUGGAGAUAAAGGGGAAUGUGUGAUCACGCCCAGCACCGACCUAAAGUUUGACCCUGGGCUCAAAGGGAAGAACAAGCUCAACUACUUGAGGAACUACUGGCUUCUCAUAGGACACCAUGAAACCCCCCUGUCUGCAUCUACCAAGAUGCUGGAGAGAUUCCCCAACAACCUGCCCAAACAUCGGGAAAAUGUGAUUCCUGCUGAUUCAGAGAAGAAGAGCUUUGAGGAGGUUAUCAACCUGGUUGACCAGACUUCAGAAAAUGCACCUACCACCGUGUCACAGGAUGUGGAAGAGAAGUACGAGCAUGCCCCUGCCAAGGCCGAGGCCCCCGUGGACUCCGUGCUCAAGGACAUAGCCACCAUCAUCCUGAGCACCUUCCUGCUCAUUGGCUGGGUGGCCUUCAUCAUCACCUACCCCUUGAGCAUGCAUCAGCAGCAGCAGCUCCAGCACCAGCAGUUCCAGAAGGAACUAGAGAAAAUCCAGCUCCUGCAACAGCAGCAGCUGCCCUUCCAUCCACCUGGAGAUGUGGCUCAGGAUGCUGAGCUCUUGGACUCAUCCGGCCUGUACUCGGAGAGCUCAGGCACCAGCAGCCCCAACACAUCCCCCAGAGCCUCUAAUCACUCCCUCCACUCCAGUGGCUCUGCCUCCAAGGCUGGCAGCAGCCCCUUUCUGGAACAGGACGAUGAGGAUGAGGAAACGAGCAUGGUGAUAGUUGGGAAAAUUUCAUUCUGUCCCAAGGACGUGCUGGGUCAUGGAGCUGAGGGCACAAUUGUGUACCGGGGCAUGUUUGACAACCGCGACGUGGCCGUCAAGAGGAUCCUCCCCGAGUGUUUUAGUUUCGCUGACCGUGAAGUCCAGCUGCUUCGAGAAUCAGAUGAGCACCCCAAUGUGAUUCGUUACUUCUGCACAGAGAGGGACCGGCAGUUCCAGUACAUUGCCAUCGAGCUGUGUGCAGCCACCUUGCAGGAGUACGUGGAACAGAAAGACUUUGCCCACCUCGGCCUGGAGCCCAUCACCUUGCUGCAGCAGACCACCUCUGGUCUGGCCCAUCUGCACUCCCUCAACAUCGUUCACAGAGACCUGAAGCCCCACAACAUUCUCCUCUCCAUGCCCAACGCACAUGGCAGGAUCAAGGCCAUGAUCUCUGACUUCGGCCUCUGCAAGAAGCUGGCGGUAGGCAGACACAGUUUCAGCCGCCGCUCAGGAGUCCCGGGCACAGAAGGCUGGAUCGCUCCAGAGAUGCUGAGUGAAGACUGCAAGGAUAACCCGACCUAUACAGUGGACAUCUUCUCUGCGGGCUGUGUCUUUUACUAUGUGAUAUCCGAGGGCAGCCACCCUUUUGGCAAGUCCCUGCAGCGGCAGGCCAACAUCCUCCUGGGUGCCUACAACCUCGACUGCUUACAUCCUGAGAAACACGAAGAUGUCAUUGCCCGGGAAUUAAUAGAGAAGAUGAUUGCAAUGGAUCCCCAGAAACGCCCUUCUGCAAAGCAUGUGCUAAAACAUCCGUUCUUCUGGAGCCUGGAAAAGCAGCUCCAGUUCUUUCAGGACGUGAGCGACCGAAUAGAGAAGGAAUCCCUGGAUGGCCCGAUAGUGAAGCAGCUGGAGCGGGGCGGGAGAUCUGUGGUGAAGAUGGACUGGAGGGAGAACAUCACCGUCCCCCUGCAGACAGAUUUGCGGAAAUUCAGAACCUAUAAAGGCGGCUCCGUCCGAGACCUCCUCCGAGCCAUGAGAAACAAGAAGCACCACUACCGGGAGCUCCCCACGGAGGUGCGGGAGACACUGGGCUCCCUCCCUGAUGACUUUGUGCGCUACUUCACGUCCCGCUUCCCCCACCUGCUCUCCCACACAUACCGGGCCAUGGAGCCUUGCAGCCAUGAGAGGCUCUUCCAGCCCUACUACUUCCACGAGCCCCCGGACCCUCGGCCUCCAGUGACUCCAGACACCCUUUGAGCCAGGGUGGCCCUCCAUUCUGGUGGCCCCAGCUGUCACUGAGGGCCUGGUCUCUAUGAGUCUGAGCCUGACGCCUCCCAGCUUCGCAGGGAAACCAGGCUCCCAAACCAAGUGCCUUGAGCUGCCCACCCUGCAGCCCGCAGGGGAUGAUGCCGACCCCGGAAGUGGGAACCAUGACCCCUUCUGACCUGUAGGGGGCUGAGAAGAUGCUGGCCACAAAAGCUUUACAAUGGGGGGGUCCUCAGUCAAGGAGGGCCCAUCCCAGAGGCAGCGAAAGAAGCAUCCUCCACCUUCUCCUGGACUCACUGGCUUCAGACUUACACCUUUUUUUUUUUUUUAAACUUCCUGUUUGAUAUCCACCUGUGGGCCUGUUGAGGAAGAGCAAGGAGGGAAUCCCGAGUUUUCCCUGCAUGUGGGAUGUCUUUCCUCGACCAGCUAGGCUGAGAUGCACCAGGUGCAGCCUCUGCUUGAAGUGGGGCUCCAGAGGCGAGUGCUGAGGGAGGAGGAAGUUGUUCAGAGGGGUGAUUCCCGGGGAUUGGUGAUGCCUCUCAUCACAAACGUGCCCCAAGUGUCCCAGGUCACUCUAAUCAGAGUUCCUUCGGGGCAGUGAGAGUUUCGAGUGUGGGGCGCAGUGUUGGAGCAGGUCAGCAACACAGACUGGAAGACGAGGCAUUCUGCAGAUCUCUUAGAAAUGAAGAGGAUGCUCUGUCCUGAGCCUUAUAGCCCAGUGCAUGGUGACCUUUGGUGGAUUCUGGGGGAUGUUUAGGAGCAUUUGGGGAAAGAGGUAAUAAGUUCCCCAUAAAGGAGAGCAGCACCCGGCAGGAACAGGCCUACUGGGGACCAGAGGGGAGCAGGCCAAAUGGGACACAGCUACCCUGGAAGAGUCCCGGGCCAGCAAGUGGGCAAUGAGGCUCCUCCGUCCCUGGAGCCAGCAAGACAGGCCAGCGUAUUUGGGCGCUGAGACCAGGGUUACCACCUGCUUCGUGGGCAGGCUUUUAUGUUUCUCUUGGCAGAUUUUAAUAACUUUAUAUUUUGAUCAUACUGUAGAAUGCUACGUUAGCAUAAGUAAGCUGAACUUGGAGCUUACUUGUGAAGAAGAUAAAAGGCAAGACACGUAAUACGGUUUCUAUUUUGUGUGAUACCAAAAGUCUCCAUCCCCUCCAGAAAGAGCGUUCACGUUCAGAACGCGCCCUGAUGCUGGAGAGUAAAACGUUAUAGCAAGGCUAUGUACGUCCAUUAAACAACUUCAAAGUAAUAUUCCCUAAAUUAUGUCACUACCAUCUUUUUUUGCUAAAAUUAGUAUGAUUUUUAGCUUUAGUUUCAGUCCAAAAUUCCUGUCUUUUCUCUACCGAGAGCCUUAGCGGUUAAAUGUGAUCAGGGUGCAGUGUAAGGAGAUGUCCCCCAUGUCCUUCGUCCAGCCGGGUGAGUGGAUCACGGCGCCUCGCUCAGCGCUGGUGAACCCAGAGACUCCGCUCAGGAGUUGGGAUGCUACUGACUGACCCACGACUCGACUCGCUGUCGCUUCUGUGAGAUGCUUUCCGGUGGUGGGUUUGCCUGCGGGCCACUCGUCCAAAGCUCCCCUUCUGUCUUUGGAGAAUUCAGUUCCCUUUCAGAAUGCCUGAAGUCACUUUUUCCUCUUAAAUUAACAUCAUCCUACGCCUUUAAACCUCAUCCGUUACCUCACGCAGACUUUGGGACCCUGGCGGUUUUUGGCUGGCAUCACUGCGUCUUCUGCUACGCUGCCCAUUUUUCAGGAACACGGCCAGAUGCCUGCCCUCCCCCUCUCUGAUGCAUCUGCACCAUUGUCCCUAUGGCCCUGCGGUCACUUUGCUGCUGGGCCUGAGUGGUGAUGGCCACCCCACCCCCCACCCCCCGGCAGUCAGGUGGAGAAGGUGCCACAAGCUGUGGACCGGGCUGUCGGCUCUCUCUGCUGCUUUGGUCUCAUGGCUGAACAGUGUCCUUGGGAGAGUUGCCAGGUCACUUCUGGCUGCCGGGGCUUGUGUCCUCUCCCUGUUUGGGCCCAGCUUGUCGCCAGGCAACUGGUUUUUAACUCCUUUUCUGCUUAUCGUCUUUGUUUCUAACCACCCACCUUCUCAAACUCAUGUACUCAAUGUAUUUUAUUUCGAGUCCUCGUUGAGUGAGCCAGGCUGGAUCCCGGGUGCUGGGGACUCGGAGGUGACCGAGACCGGCAAAACCUCUGCUUCCGUAAGAGGUGACAGGGACAAUGAGAAGCCAUCCUCCAUCGGUCUUCUCUCUGUUACUUUUAGGAACCUGGUCCCUCCAUGGUCCCUCCACGGUCCCUUGAGUGGUUUGAAGAGGUCUCGUGUGGACGCUUGUCAUGAGCACACCUCGGGCAGCGUCUCUCACAUCUCGUUCUAGUCUCUAGAAUUCGGGCUUCCUGUUGUGCUCAGCACCGUGAUAAAGUGUCUCUGUCCUUUGCUGGAACAGGGUUCUGCAGCCUCAGGCAUCCUGUCACAGCGGAGCUGUUUGAUCUUUAGCACGAUUCCUGGAAGGCUGUGUGACUUCUCAGAAGUACACACUAUCGUCAUUUUUAUAACCGAAUGUGGCCACGUCUGUUGGGAAUCCCGGGGAAGCUGUAACUAAAUCCUGUGGUGAAGCCUGUGUUGCAUCUGCCUCUGGCACACCCGCCAGAGUUUCUCUUGUUGCUCCUGGAGUCUUUUUAACUUCAGUUUAUCAAGAGCUCACGCGUCACUAAGGCCUCAGAGCACUUGCACUUUGGGGAGUCAUUGGUGUCGUGGUAAGUCACUAAAUCAGCUAGCGGCUGACCUCAAACCCCGGGUGCAGAGGGACUCUCCUCCCCCUCUCCGUGCCAUAGCCACCCGAGGCUCUUGCCAGCGAGACUCACUCUGACCUGUUAACACGUAGUGGAAGAUCCACGGGUUAGUGGGCCCAGCAAAGUAUUCUCUUUCUACCAACUCUACGGGAGAGGUCUUGAUCAGAAUCUGCUUUUGGUAGGGUUUGUGUGAAUGCGAUUUGUUUACCGUUGCGUUUCUUUCUCACGGCAGUGCAAGAUGAAUUGGCUGCUGAUCUGACCUCUCGCAGAAUGGGGGGCCUCUGGGUCGUAGGCCUUUCUGCUCUUGGCCGCUGUCUCUUUUAGAAGGUGGACUCUGGCCAGGUGUGGGUUUCCUGAGUCCGCUCCCAUUCUCCAGCUCUGGUGAUCGGAUCCUCAGGCUCCAGGUCCUCGAGGAAGGAAGGCCGCUUCUACUUCUGCCUUCCGUGCCACAAGAGCAGGGAGAGGGAGCACAGCACACCUGUAAAGAGCCUCUUUGAAUUCGCUUUAGCUUUCUCUCUGCUCAUUUAGUUUCCGAAAUCCCUUUUCUUCACAUAUCCCUGUGUAUUUUCCUUGCUGAUUCGUUCACCAUCCUGGAGUAGUCCUCUUAGGCCUGGCACUGGGCCUUUCCUGGAAGAAAGUCACUGAGUGUCCCAUACAGGUGAGCCACAGUUCUGCCUUCCAAGGCUGGACCAGUAUCUUUUAAAACAAAGUAUCCCUCCAUCCUAUACAUUGUAUUCUUUAUGAAACAUUGAUUUCCCCAUGGGUAACCCUGGUUCCAGUUUCUUGUAUUAGCGUGUAAAUCCUUUCUGUAUUCAUUGGACAACCACAGCACAUCUGCAAUGAGCCUCCCACGGGGGCAGCCUUAACCUACACUUCUGGCCAAAGUCCCCAGCCCACUCACCUCGCCCUGUCUUUGGUGGGUACAGUGUUCCUUUUCAGUAUCCCAAAAGCUGUGACGGGGGCGUCCCCACUUACCUAGAAAGCAUUACCAGUCAACAAGAGGCAUUCUCAGAUGCAGACCUUACGUAGUGUUCUUUUUGCAAUGAUCUAUUUAUUUAACCUAUUUAUAUUUAUUUAAUUUUUACUCUGAAAUAUAUCCAGUUAUAAUUGCACUUGGCUUUUAAAGCACAUCAGAUUUGUUUUGGACAACACACCCCUGACCACUCUAAAACUGGAAAAGGAAAAGUUAUGCUGGAUUUUUCCACAGGAUGGACGCCCCACAGUAGUUUUAUCAUUAAAGGGUGAAAAAUUUGGUCAGGGUAAGAAUUUUCAUUUCUGAGUGAUUUUUUUUUUAAACAAAUUCUGUGCCAUUGUGUCUUCUCUGUGGACGGUUGUUUAAUGGGUAUGUGUUAAUUGUGUGAUAGAAUCCUCUCUGUGAACCUACAAUCCUCUUUUUAGCUUUAUAUUUUAUAAACUGCCAGAUUGUACAAUUUUUAUGUGUAUUUUUAAAGCUUGAUGUGAGGGUAAUUAAGUUAAACAGCCUAUUUUUGUACCUCCUGUACAGUUUUAUAAUUCUGCUGAUUGAUGAUGGCGUCUUAUGUGGCGCCAACGACAAAUAAAGAUAGUUUUAGACCUGAAA